AUGGGAAAAAAUCGCUCUGAAAUGUUCGUUUUUGUCCUAUACUAUCCUGGUCUCCAACAACACCUCGUUACAAGACAAUUGUUUGAUAAGUUUGAUCUAAUUUCUCUUCCAUUUUCUUUCAUUUUCCACUCACGUGUGUGGUGUUUUGGGCGACAGACCCUACCCAAUCAGAAAGCUCUGGUCACUCAUAUUGAACUGGCUCACAUAGCGCCCUAUGCGGUAUCCAAAGAGUAUCGAUGUAAAUGGGUCGGGUGUCGAAGACAGAUGAAACCGUUCAAUGCACGCUACAAACUGCUAGUGCAUAUGCGCAUCCACAACGGGGAGCGACCCAGCCAAUGUACGUAUCCCGGUUGUCACAAAGCAUUCUCACGCCUGGAGAAUUUGAAAAUUCAUAUGCGUUCGCAUACGGGGGACCGUCCGUUUGUCUGUCCACGAGAGGGAUGCAACAAAGCGUUCUCCAACAGUUCCGAUCGAGCUAAGCAUCAACGAACUCAUAUCAAUACGAAACCCUAUGCUUGCCCUUUCCCAGGAUGUCUGAAACGAUAUACAGAUCCCAGUUCUCUACGGAAGCAUUCUCGUGUGCAUGCAGGAUCAUCCGGACUACGGCAAAGGCGACUGGCUACAGAGUCCUUCAAGGCGAAACUAUUCACAUCGCUCGGGACAGAAUAUCAUUCUGUGGCGUCCCGGUUUCCGUUCGUUGAGGGUUACGUGGUGGAACCAGAACACCCCGAUAGUUGUUCAGCAAUUCCCAUUCCCGAUAGUUCCGUGCCGAUUCAGGUGAGUGUUAUUUGUUGUCUCCAUGUGGAUUUCCAGGGCACGCAUGCCGUCAGUCACUAUGAGCAUUCAUUUGUUAAUUUUAUCAGAACAUGCACCUCACCCUACAAUGUGCAUACAAUCUAG